AUGAACUCGCCCCCGUCAUCCCUCGCGUCCCUCCUCGCGUACCCCUCGGGGCAGCAGGAGGCACAGCAGCCUACCACCGAAGAGGAUGGCGCCGUCCUCAUGACCUAUUUGCAGCACAGCGGGUACGAGCAGGCCGCACAGGAUGCUGCCGCUAGCUCUUCCAACCGCUACGCGCUUAACGGCUCGUACGGACGCGCCUUGGCUCCCCGUCACGCCGAGGAGGCGGCCGUCGCAACCGAGUUCAAGGACCCCGUGGCCCCGACCGAGCCCGCUCCCGGAUCCCCCAUUGACGCGUCUGUCUCGAUCCCUCCCGCCCUCAGCUCUGUAGCCCUCCCUCCUAUCGACCCUCAGAACCUCGCUCCUCUGGCCAGCCUUCCUGCCGUCGAGCCCUUCACCAGCCCCGUCGCUGUGACCGGCGACCGCGGUGAGAUGGGCGGAAAGCGCCGCAAGCAAGCCCAGGACCGUGCUGGAUGGAAGGAGAUGGCCGAGGAGGACGAGAAGCGUCGCCAGGAAGCCGAGGCUAGCAACUUUGUCGGCUUUGACGCCACUGCCGAGGCCGUCGCGAGUGUCGUGACCGCUGUCGACGGCACGGUCCCCGAGGGCGACGACAACGACAAGCGUUCGAAGCGUGCCAAGCUUUCCAAGGAGUCGCGUGCCGAGCAGAACCGCAAGGCCCAGCAAGUGUUCCGUCGCAAGCGUGAAGAGAAGAUCAAGACUCUGGAACAGGACGCCCACGCCCUGUCCGCCGUUCGCAACCGCCUGGCUGUUGCCGAGCAGCGUCUGGCCGACCUCGCAAUGGAAUACGAGGCCAAGACCAUUGAGGCUGCUGCACUUGGCAGCGCCCUCACCGCCAUUGCCACGGGUGCCGCCACCUCUGUUCUGCGCCCCGACGGCGGCCUUGUGCUCAACGAGGCCGAGUACGAGGCCCGCGACAAGGAGGCCAUUGGUGCUGCGGAUGGACGUCUUGCCGUGGCUCUUGAGGGUCACACCAAGGCGAGCCGCGAGUUGGCCAAGGUCAACCGUGCUCGCCGCGAGGAGACCAGGAGUCAGCAGCAGCCCCAGCACGAGUAG